UUAUAACAUUAAAAAUUUAACCGAGUAAUAUCUAAAGCAUGCCAUCCAUUCCUACUGCAAUCGGACAUCAUCUACCUGCUGACAAUUGGAUAUAAUUGACUCCACUCAAACAUCUUUCUAGUAUAAAAACCUGCUUCCGCGAAGAAAUAUCCAAAUGGAAUUUGCUUCCUCUACCAUUUUUCUUCAUCUUCUACUGCUUAUGAAAAUUGUGCAGUGUAGUGGAUUAGCCAGGGAGAUGCAGCAUGAUGGGAGCAUGAAUAAGGUUUUGCGGCUAUCUAGCUGGGAUAUUCAUGAGAGGCAAGAUGAUGCUGAUGUCAGAAGAAGCGAAAACGCAAUGGAUGGUGAUGAUGAUCAUUUUUGGAUUUAUGGGAAGCGAAACCAUCACAUCCAUGAUGAAGAUGGUGAAGUACUAGUGCAGAAAGAUGUCGGCGGGGAUGAUCAUCUAUGGAUUUACAGAAAGCAAGAUGAAGAUAAUAGUAAUGAUCAUGAGCACAAAAUGCAUGACACUGCUGAUGCUGAUGCAGCAUCCCGCAUGACGAAGCGAAUAGAAGAAAUGGUGUUCUUCCACAUAACUGAUGUGAAAGUAGGGGAAAAGAUCCCCAUCUACUUCCCUCGCAAAGAACCAAUGUCUUCUUUUCAUAAACACUUUCUGUCAAAAGAGCAAGCUGAUUCAAUUCCUUUCUCUUCAGGUAAACUCUCAUACGUUCUCCAAAUGUUGUCAAUCAAUCCAGGGUCUCCGCAAGCCCGAGCCAUGAGAAACACACUAGCUCACUGUGAGGCUCAACCCAUCCAAGGAGAGACCAAGACAUGCGCCACCUCAUUAGAAUCCCUGCUUGAUUUCGUACAUGCCCUGUUUGGCCCUCAAUCAGAUUUCAACGUUUUAAGCACGAGGUACCUGAAAAGGUCAAGCAUUAACAAUAUACUUGUACAGAACCACACAGUGGUGGCGAUUAUAGAAGAGAUGUGGCCCAGCAAAAUGAUAGCUUGCCACAAGAUGCCAUACGCUUAUCCAGUGUUAUAUUGCCAUGGAUUGGAAGGAGGAAGUAAGGUGUUGAAGGUGUUGUUGGGUGGUGAAAAUGGAGAUUUGGUGGAUGCUGUUGGGGUUUGCCAUAUCGACACGUCUCAUUGGAGUCCUACACAUGCUUCAUUUCGUGUGCUGGGAGCGGAACCAGGCAAAUCCCCCGUCUGCCAUUUCUUCCCAUCUUAUAAUCUAGUCAUCGUUCCUGCCUAGCUAGCUUUUGCCACAAACCCAAUUAUAAAUAAUAUUUAGGCAUGUUAUGUGAUGAGCCUCUUUAAUUCAGUUUGUUAAUCGUGUGGCCACCAUUUUAAUAUCUAUGUAUUGGGUUCUCGAAAAUAAAGCAAUGUUAUUCCAGUGUCAUUUGAUGUGAAUGAGAACGCUGUUGUGUUUGUAUUUGUAUAUGUAUAUGUAUAUAGAUAUUGGGCAUUGUUUGUAGUCCACUGGAGGAUCGAGGGAGUAUAUAUGAAUAUAAUUGGAUCCAGGGGGUAUAAGGUCGUUUAGGCUGAUGCCAUUUGGUUCCUGUUUAAGACCCUACAA